GCUGAUCGCACCUGAAGGGACUGAGCGUGCACAGAGCCUAACGUAAAGGGGCUUUCGGGGGAACGACAGCAGGUAACGCAGCUUUUAAUGAGCGUCUAAUGAAAGGAAACCCGUAGCUGUAAGUUCACGGACACGGACGACACCGUUUCUCUGUGCCGUGGACGCAUUAGCUUUAAAGGCUAGACUGAGUUCACGAUAGCUACUGUUUGGCUAGCUGAGUCACUGGAGAUGGUCUAGAGGAUUUUUUAAUAACGAUGGGAGACAGCGAUGGGGAGGACACUGUGGAAGCUCCUGGGCUGCCCGUGGAGGUCGUAGUUUACAUCCUGAGUUUUCUCCACGCUUCAGACAGGAAGGAAGCGUCACUGGUCUGCCGUAGCUGGUACAGUGCCAGCCAGGACCCCCGCUUUCAGAGGAACAUCACCUUCCGCUUCCCGGCUUCGGCCUCGUCCCUGGAGCUCAUCAGGGGUCUGGGCCGAAAGCCACGCUGCAGCCUGAUAAUCAGCCAGCUCGAUGGCUUCAGCAUCUCCAGAUCGCUGCUGCUGGAGGUGGGCCUUUGCCUGGGCCCUAAACUGGAGAGCCUGGCCCUGCCUGGCAGCAGUAUAACAGAGGCUUCCCUGCUGGCCCUGCUCCCUCGGCUUACCUCCCUCCGCAGGUUGGACCUCAGAGGUCUGGACAGCCUCUUCAUGUCUGGAGCAUUCCUCUCCAGGGAGGAGCACAGACAGCAGGUGCGGUCAGCACUGUGUGGUCUGGAAGAGCUGGACCUGUCUGACCUCCGCUACCUGUCUGACCUCACCUUCAACCGGCUGACCGGAUGCACGCCGCGUCUCCGUCGGCUCUCGCUGGCUGGCUGCCAUAUUGCUUUUGAGUUUGACCCGUAUCGAGGGUGCCCGGUGGGGGCCGUCGAGGACUCAUCAGCUCUGCUGUCGCUUAGGAACUUGAGGAGGUUGUUGAUGGAGCAGAAAUCCACCCUCGUAGCUCUGGACCUCAGCAGAACAUCCAUCACCCCUGAGUCGCUGCGCACUGUUGCACAGGUUCAGGGUUUGUUUUUAGAGGAGCUGAUCCUGCACGGCUGUAAGGAGCUGACCAACUACUCAGUGGAAGUUCUGGUGAAGCACCAGCCAAGCCUCCUCAAACUGGACAUCAGCGGCUGCACGGAGCUGACCAGCAGGUCUGUAGAGGCCAUAGCGCGAGGUCUGAAGUCACUGACGCACCUCUCAUUGUCGCGGGACUGGAGGAUCACAGAAAAAGGCCUGUCGGACCUGCUGUUGUUGCCCUCCCUGCGGUCUCUGGACCUGUCCGAGUGUCUGCACAUCAAUGGAACAGAGAUGGUGAAAGGCUUAAAGGGAUCCGAUGCUGCCAGACGACAGCUAGAGACGCUCAACCUCAGGAGCUGCACCUACAUCAGGGAUCCUGCAGUUUUCUUUCUCGCCCAGCUGCUUGGGGACACUCUCUGCGAGCUUGACCUGACUUCCUGCAGUAAUGUGACCGACCUGUCUGUGUGCGCCGUCGCCACCUACCUGCAGAAGCUGGUGGUGCUGCGGCUCGGCUGGUGUAAAGAAGUGACAGACUGGGGUCUGCUGGGAAUGGUGCAAAGAGCCAAAUGUGAGCCUGACGAGGAGACGGGAGACAAGGGGCCCAGGUUCACCCGGACUUUUGGCAACAUGGGCUUCUUCAAGCCUCCUCGCUUGCCUUUCGAGGAGCGACCCAAGCUAGUGACUCCGAAUGACCUGGAGCAGUUCAGACAGCAGGCUGGAGCUUCUCUUUUAGCUCUCAGCAGGCUGCAGGAACUGGACCUCUCUGCCUGCUCCAAACUGACGGACAGCAGCAUCGCUCAGGUGAUGCGUUUCCCAGAUCUCCACCAUCUGUCUCUCUCCAUGCUGCCGGAGAUCACAGACGACAGCUUAGUGUCGACGGCCCGUCACUGCCGCAGUCUCACUAGUCUCGUGCUCAGCCACUGCCCAGGUAUCAGUGACCGCGGCGUGGCGCAGGCUGCGCCCUACCUCCCCAGACUGCAACAUCUCUACCUCUCCUGCUGUAAUAACAUCACCGAUAGAUCCCUGCUCCUCCUGGUGCAGCACUGCAAACGUCUGAGGACGCUCGACAUCUCCAGGUGCAACAACAUCUCUGCAGCAGCAGUGGACUUCCUCCAGACACAGCUGCCCUUCCUGGAGAAUCUCCACUACAAAUUCAUAGGUGGGGCUGAUCUUAGCCUAAGCCUCUGAUAGGCU